GUGUAAGCAGCGCUGGAAAAAUAUCUGCAGGGAAAGUGUAAAACGGGUUAUUUUGUUAAAAACACAGCACUGUAAAGCUACGUUUACACGGAUACCUUCUUCUGAGAAGAAAGACUUUGAUACAUUCUAUUAGAAUUGAACUACCUCAUUUAAAGACUAUAAAGCUGUAUUUAUCGUAGCAUACUAGACUUAUUGUUGUCCGUUUGUUUAUUCGACGUGUUUACAACUUAAAUUACACAUCAAAGACAGGUCUUUGUUCCUGAGAUACCAGACAAAGCCUCUCUUUUGCACAGUGAAAGCCUUGCCUAUCCCAUUUUCAUUCCUGCCACAAGGCUGAGGAGCGGUUCACACCAAGAGGUCAAGAGAAGGAACCAGGGGCCAACGUCAACACGCUACCUGACCCUCUGUUUACAGAGCCAAAGUUUUACUCUUUCCAACCGACCACCUGCCUUUUCACCAUGUUCCAGCGAAUUAGCAGCCUGUUUUUCGGAGAGGUGGAGGAUUCUUCCAAGGAUUUGAAGGAGCCAAAACCCUGCAUUUUGGAGGCAGAUGAGGAGGGAUGGCUACUUGUCAGUAUUCCUGAGGGCACCUCGAUAACUGAUGCCAGUCCCCUGGAGGACGUCCUGGUGGAUCUCCCCAGCUUGUCUGUCUACAGUUCUCAUGGCGACCUGGCUGCUCCUGAGGAGGGCGUGGCCAGUCUGGUCCGCAGUGUGCGGGUGAUGGAGCAGCCCCCCAAGGUACGGAGCAGGGUGCUGGGACGGGUGACCCGUGGGACUGGCUCUCAGGUGGGGUCUCUGGCCAAAGUCACCCAGGUGGGCCGCGUCCAGCAGGCCAAGGCUCGGGCCGACCGCCGACACCUGGGCCGAAACCGCACCCAGCACCAGAACGCUGUCCGGAACCACCCGCCCCGGCGUCCCAGCCACGGCCACGGACCCUUCCUGCACCAGCCCAGCUCACGCACCUGCAACCACUGAGUGCGCUCAGGAGCUUAACGCACACCCGGGGCAUUAUAACUGCAAACUCCAUCCCAUCCACCCACUCCUCCACACUCAGCCAUCCCAUCCACCCACACCUCCACACUCAGCCAUCCCAUCCACCCACAUCUCCACACUCAGCCAUCCCAUCCACCCACACCUCCACACUCAGCCAUCCCAUCCACCCACAUCUCCACACUCAGCCAUCCCAUCCACCCACAUCUCCACACUCAGCCAUCCCAUCCACUCACACCUCCACACUCAGCCAUCCCAUCCACCCACAUCUCCACACUCAGCCAUCCCAUCCACCCACAUCUCCACACUCAGCCAUCCUGAUCCAGUAUACCACCUGCUGAUGGGAGAGCGAGGUUUCCCAAAGCCAAAAGUUACUGCCUGGAAUGUGUGGUUGGUCACUUCCUGAUAUGACACAA